CCGACGCGUGUCUUAUAAAAAUUGUGACAAGUUUGUAAAAUGGAUAUAUUCAGUUCGGAUGAAAAUAGUAACGCUCCUUGCACAUUAGAUGCAAUUGAAACGCUGCCCAUUUUUAAAUCAUGGGAGUUAAAUGAUGAUAUUUGCUCCAUUCUUGUGGACUACGGAGUGACAUCAACGAUAAUUUUAACAAAAAUGGAUUGGGAAGAUAUCGACUGUUUAUUUGAAAAGCUUCCAACAAAAUUUUUUGGCGAAUGCAUCAAGUUUAAAGCGGGAUUAAGAGAAUGGAGGAAGAACAUGAAUAUACCGCUUGUACGUAAUGCAAGCACCUUAUCUGCGAGUAGUCGAAUUUUGGAGUGGUUAGAGAAAAUGUCUGACGACUUAAAUGCAGCCAAAAGUUCAAGAGAUUCUUCACCAGUACUCCAGCCAACGUAUGAUAACUGCAUGGACAGUCGCAGCUUAACCGACCUUUUAAAAGGUACGGUUGAAGGGCAGCUUGUGCUUCACUUUCAGCAGAAAAAUUGUUUCUUGGACGCCAAGCAGCAGAAUACAAUGUGUCACUGCGUAAUAGAGAAUUAUAUAGGAAGGCGGAAAAAACUGACAUAUGGAGAAAUGCAAAAGUGGGCCAACAUCAUCUGCGAUGUAUUCCCCAAAGAGAAUCCGGAAACAUAUUUUCUAGCAAGAAAAUAUGGUAAGAAAAAUCCUACGAGAAAGCUAUUUUCACGAUGGACGAAUGCUGACAAAACCAAUUAUAAAAAGUUUUCAACCGAUCGUACAACUACCGCUUCGCCAGCAGCUUUAUCCAGCGGUAUAAACAAAUAGAUUGUUUACUCUCACAAGAUAUACUUAU